AUCUCCUUGUCUCUCUCGAAGUUGUGUUUUUCUUUUGUGGGUGGGAUUUAGACUGACAGGUUCAUACAAUCAAAGAUGGAUCUGGCGGAAGUCGUUUCUAAUUUGAAAAAUUCCGGCGUGAAUCCGAUCUGGGUCGUCAAAAUUUCCUUCCAAAUGUCGUCGCCCUUUACUGAAAUGCUCCUAUCCUGUUGCUGAGCGGACCAAACUAUACUUGAGCAAAACUGAGAAACAUUGCUAUGUUUAGCCCUUUUUGCUUGAAUGUAGCAUAUAUUACUGUAUUGUCCAAUGAAUUGGCUUGUUUGUGAAUCAUUUUGAUGUAGUUUCUUCCCUAGACUUGUGUACAACUCUACUGAUUAUAUGAUUUCUACAUGGUCUCUAUGUGAAGAGGUGUUUCACUUGGAAAAUUCUCAACCAUUGUUGUCUUUGUCCAGUUUGUGCUCUCAGGAGGAACAUACAAGAUGACAGGAAAUGGUGAUUCUCAGGUUCUCAGGCCACUGCUGGAGACCUUCACUUACCCCGCCAAUUCGGCCCCCUUCAAGAGCUGCCAUGCCUCUACCAUCGUCGAGGUUGGCGAAGGUCACUUUUUGGCUGCGUAUUUCGGGGGUAGCUUCGAAGGAGCACCUGAUGUCAAGAUCUGGUUGCAAUGUUUCGAGGAUGGUAGCUGGCACUCACCGAUUAUGGUUGACGAGGAGCCAGGAGUUCCAAUGUGGAACCCUGUACUGUUCAAGCUUCCCUCCGACGAGUUGCUGUUGUUCUACAAAAUCGGCCAGGAGGUUCAAAAAUGGAGCGGUUGCAUGAAACGAUCGUAUGAUAAAGGCAAGACCUGGACCGAAAGGGAGCAGCUUCCUCCUGGAAUCCUAGGACCAAUCAAGAACAAGCCCAUCUUGUUGGAAAACGGGAACCUUCUUUGCGGAUCGUCGGUGGAAAGCUGGAAUUCUUGGGGGGCAUGGAUGGAGGUGACAUUGGACGCGGGCAGGUCGUGGAAAAAGCACGGUCCCGUAUACAUCAAAGGCACAAGUCUAAGCGUGAUCCAACCAGUGCCAUACCGUACCACAAACGGGAAGCUACGUGUUCUGCUUCGAUCCUUCACCGGCAUUGACAGGAUCUGUAUGUCUGAAUCGUCCGAUGGAGGUGAAACCUGGAGUUUUGCUGAACCGACCCAUCUCCCCAACCCAAAUUCAGGAAUCGACGGGGUUAAGCUAGACGACGGUCGUGUGAUACUAGCGUACAACACUGUCUCGAGAGGUGUACUCAAAGUCGCGGUUUCAUCGGAUGACGGAGAUUCUUGGACCGACGUUUUAACAUUGGAAGAAACGCCCGGGAUGGAGUUUUCGUACCCCGCGGUUAUACAGGCCAGCGAUCGGACUGUCCACAUCACUUAUACAUACAACAGGACACAGAUUAAGCAUGUCGUUCUUCAACCGAACUGAAGUAGGGAACGUGUUAUGUAAUGUACGAGUUGGCAUUAAUUCUGAUUCCGAGUGAUGGGUAUCCAAAUUUUGAUUACAUGCAUGGUUGUGUUGAACUAAUUUAAUCUAAUUUUUAUAAUUCAUAUGGUA